GAAGUAGCGCGAGCGGCUCAGCUGUUCAAACCUGCAGACGGACAGGAAAUAAAGUUUGUCUGGGUUUGACUCUCAGAGCGGCGCAGCUGCGCCUUUACCCCGUUUACCCAUCACUCUACUCGAGAUUAUACCGGGACUCUUCCCGUCUUUUUGUCGCUGUUUCUCCCUGAGACGAAUGUGACUGUCCGUUCUAACCCCUCGGACAGACAGACGGAUCUGCGGUUCUCUUUCUGGUCCUGUUCCCGGCCAGAGAACUGGGCCGACCCGGUACUACCGGUCCAGUGUCUGUGGAACUGAGUGGAACCACGGAGCGGGUUAAAAUGCGGAUUCUGGUCCUCCUCGGUCUGUGUCUGACCCUCCACAUGUGCCGAGCCUUCCCCAGGCAGCUACCCGGCCUCAGCACCGACCCGCUGUUGGACUAUGACCGGCUGGAUGAGGCGCUGGGAGGCGACGCUGGGAGCUGGAACGGAACCGUUGGGGCGGGGGGCUGCGGGCCGUGCGAGCCGGACCUGUGCCCGGAGACCCGCGGCUGCCGGGCUGGUCUGGUGUUGGACCCCUGUGGCUGUUGCAAGGAGUGCGGGAACCUGGAGGGGCAGGCUUGCGACCCCGGGAACCGAAGUGUGUUCUACGGGCUGUGCGGGACCGGGCUGCGUUGUCAGGCGGACCCUUGGUCCGCAGGAGGAGGAAGAGGAGGAGGGGAGUAUGAGGAGGAGGAGGUGUGCGUAUGUGAGGAGCAGGAGCCGGUCUGCGGCAGUGAUGGAAGAACCUACAUGAACCUGUGUCAGUUCAGAGAGGCCGCCUUCUCUAAACCGGAGCUCCACACCGCAGGGAGGGGGCCAUGUAAGACAGUCCCGGUCAUUAAGGUCCCUCCUCACAGUCAGGUGAAUGGGACGGGCAGCAGUCUCGUGUUUCUCUGUGAGGUGUUUGCAUUUCCAAUGGCGUUAGUCGAGUGGACAAAGGAGGGACGAGACAUCAUCCUGCCCGGAGACGACCCGCACAUAUCUGUUCAGUCUCGAGGUGGUCCUCUGAAGUUCGAGCUCUCCAGUUGGCUUCAGAUUGAGGGGGCAGAGCCAGGGGACUCUGGGACCUAUCGCUGCACAGCUCGUAACAAUCUGGGAAUGGCCUCAGCCUCAGCUGCACUGGGAGUACUGGGAGCAGAGGAGCUGUCGUCCUACCUGUCUAACAGUGUUUCUGAGAGGAAACAGCUGAUGGACGUCACAGACUAUGACCAGGACUUCUACUAACCCUCAUCAUGUCACUUCUACCAUGCGGCAGACAGUGAAUGCUGCAUCACGGUGAGAUGACGCAGAGACUUUUCUUUUGCCGUCUGUGAUGUAACCAGAGGACAGCGCUCUGAGGAUAAGCUAAUAAACACUAAAAAAUUGAUUUUUCUUCUUCUCUGUGUAUGCGAACAUUACUUUGACCUCACAUGGGGCAGUGAUAUUGAAAUUCAGUGUUUCUAUGGGCAUUUGAGCCUGAGUCUCUUGUCAGAUCUGUC